UUAGCGGAGAGGUCGCAGUGUGUGUGUGCUGGUGAGAGCGGAUGAGAUAAUCCUUGUGUUUGUUGUGUGAUUGACGGGUCACAGUCAGGAUGGUGUAUCACUCGGUCGCGCUGCCGCUCAUCUGCUUCACCGUGCUGUGGGCUUUAGUCGGAGGAGUCGCGCCGUUCUUUGUCCCUAAAGGGCCGAACAGAGGUGUGAUUAUUACCAGCCUGGUGCUGACGGCCGUGUGCUGCUAUUUAUUCUGGUUGGUUGCGUUCCUGGCGCAGGUGAACCCUCUGUUUGGGCCGCAGCUGAAGAAUGAGACCAUCUGGUACCUGCGGUACUACUGGGAAUAAACCUGAGGAUUUUAUUGGCUGCAUGAUGACAUCGUUCUGUCGUUCACUUCCUGUACAACAUUACCCUCCUGUGAUGUGACUGAACGCGCACACACGCACACACACACACACACACACUCCCACACACUCCCUUCUCAGCGUUGUGUCAGUGCUCUGGCAGUGAAAUUUUUGUUUUAUUUAAAAAGCAUUGGUGAAAAUCUGUGUGUGUGUGUGUGAAGAACAGUGGCAGUGUUGUGACGUACUGAAGAUGUUUGUGUGUAUUAUUGGUUUUAAAAAAUUUACUUGAAUGUUUUUAUUCUCCCUCUGUGACCAACCUGUAACAUAUAUAUGUAGAGUUUUAUUUAUGCUAAAUUUAUUUAUGAUGUUAUUUAUUUUCGACACACAGAUCCGUGUGUUUGUGUGUGUGUGUAAAUCUCAGAAUUGUGCUGAUCUGAUCUGAUGUGAUAAAUCGUCUGAUAUGUUGAUAUCUGCACUGUAUAUCUAACUGUAUUAGAUUUCCUUCUCCUGUAUCCCGGAUAUUAAACACUAACACACGUCCCUGUAAACUCAUUCGUUUAUUUAUUAUUAGCAGACUUGGUGGAUUUAGGAUUGCCAUCUGUGAACCUCUGGGUAUUUAUUCGUUUAUUUUUACCCUUGACCUGGUGGCCGGUUUGUUCCCAUGGAGAUCUACUGACGUGUCUCUCCCUCUCUCUCUUUCUCUAUCGCUCUCUCUCUCUCCCUGCUUUUGAGGAAACCAGUACUUCCUGGAUGACCAGAAUGUCACUCAUAUCAUUUUGCUUUUUGUGUUUCUUUAAAGAUUACGGCUCUGAGUUUUAGAUCUCUGUGGAAAUGACUGAUUUAUAAUUAUCAUUGUGUGUACACUCUUCAUGCCUCUGUUAAACACUAAAUAAAUCAGGAUGGAUCACA